GUACCAGCGAUCGGACACGUUGGGUGAGUUUGAUUCGAUUUUCAAUGGAAAACAUGGAAAUAUAAGUGGUUUUAUGGCUUUUAAUGGUUAAUCACAUUGCCACGCGCGAUAAUAAGCAGCAGUAGUAAAUAAUCAUGCAGAUUUUCGUGAAAACACUCACCGGCAAGACCAUCACACUCGAGGUCGAGCCUUCGGACACGAUCGAGAAUGUGAAGGCCAAGAUCCAGGAUAAGGAAGGAAUUCCUCCAGAUCAGCAGCGUCUCAUCUUCGCCGGCAAGCAGCUGGAGGAUGGUCGCACCCUGUCGGACUACAACAUUCAGAAGGAAUCUACCCUUCAUCUGGUGCUGCGACUCCGCGGUGGUAUCAUCGAGCCUUCGCUGCGUAUUCUGGCCCAGAAAUAUAACUGUGACAAAAUGAUUUGCCGCAAGUGCUACGCUCGUCUGCACCCGAGAGCAACCAACUGCCGCAAGAAGAAGUGCGGUCACACCAACAAUCUGCGCCCGAAGAAGAAGCUGAAGUAAGCUGUGAUGUUUGCGACGGGCUUCACUUGUUUUCAGAACCAUUUCGGAAGUGUGAGCUGCUGGCUGGUGGAAUCAUGUGUAUGUUUCGUUCAUCAGUGAAAGAGGAAUAAAAAAGCUGAUGUGCAAAGCAUA